AUGGAAGAACGAGCUAUUCACAUUUCUUCGAUAAACAGAGAAAAAAGAGGAACAAGCAGACCUGGUGAUUUUACUAUCAAAUUUAACCCAUCUUUGGAACUUGACCCUGAAAAGAAACAUCAACUUGCUCUUGAUCGAUUGUCCAUGACUUAUUCUUGGUACAACAUUAGAAGUGAUUAUGGAAACAAUAAAAUCAAAUACACUCAUGAUGGAACCAACUGGCAAACAAUUACUUUUACAGAUGGAAUGUAUUCCUACUCAGAUAUCAAUGAUUACAUUCAUCAAUAUAUGUCUCAAAAGUCUCAUCACUCAACAGAUUCAAGCGGAAAAAAAACUUAUUCAAUCAAUCUAACUUUUAUACUAUCUACCUAUCGUGUGUUAGUAUCACUCGAUGGUGAUUAUCAACUUGAUAUUAGAGGAACAAAAUUUGGAGACCUAAUUGGUUUUGAAAAGAAACUUAUUAAUAAAACAGAGUAUGGAUCAAAACUACCAAAUAUCACAAAUUCGAUUGAUGUGUUAAAUAUCAACACAACCGCAAUAACAGAUAGCAUAGUAAAUGGAAUAAAUACAAAUACCAUAGCUGUGAUACCAACCGAUAAUCUUACAAGGUCUUAUCCAUUUACGUUUGAUCCUAAAAGACCAUUGUAUUGUCCUGUUUCUUCAUUUCACAUUGAUGAAAUGAGAAUCUAUGUUACAGACUCACUUGGAAGACCUGUAAAUUUCAACGGUAUAGAUUGGUUUAUGACUUCGAUACUUCACUCCAUGUAGGGAGAACCUACGGUUCCCCCCUACGACCCCCCUCCCUUGGCUACGCCGCACAUAAAUAUAUAUAUUCAUUAGAUAAAAAUGAUGCGACAAUCAGAGUAUAAAAAGAAACUUGACCCUGAAUUGGGUAUUUUUACAAGACAACAUAUUUAUGGUGAAGGAAUAACAGAUGUGUUUAAAUCUGUUGGUUCUAAAUUAUUUGGAAAAACAAUAAAAAAAGCCGCUAAAAAAGGCGUUGAAAAAGCAGUAACAGCAGCCGCAACAAAAACCGGUGAACAUGUUGGCAACAAGGCCGGUGAUAAAAUAGUGCAAAUGUUAUCAAACGGGGGGGUUGCACCCCCCCGAAAUCCCCCUGCUAAAAAAGUUACUUUUAAUAAAAAUGUCGGGGCGGUAUCUCAACAAGAGAUAGAUCAAAUGUUGAAUAACCUUCUUAGUGGGGGUUCAACACGUAAGAGAAAAUUAUAUAAUUAUUAAAAUAAAAUGAAGUCUUUUAGAAAUCCAAAAUAUUUAGAUAGAUAUGAGGAUGUUGUUUAUGACCUGGAACAGACUUUAGAUGCGGCUUCAGCAAAUGACGCUCACCAAACUAAAACUGGCCUUAGAUUUGUAGCUGAUAAUACAGGAGAAUCCACUCCUUUUGAUUGGUAUAACGCACGAUUAUCAAUGGAUUUUAAAGUAAAUAAGCUGGCAGAUGGAGGAAAUAUAGCAGUUGCUGACCAUAAUGGAAUUGUAAAUGGUAGUAACUCCUUUAUAGAAAAAUUAAGUAUCCUAGCAAAUGGACGAGAAGUUUAUAGUUGUAAUUAUGCGAAUCAUGUUGUAAAUAUUAAAAAUUUACUCGAAUAUAAUCCUUCAUAUGCCCAGAGUGUUGCUACAAACGAAUUUUAUUUUCUUGAUACAUCAACAGCCGCAGAGGAAAGGCCUGCUCAAGCAACUUAUAAUAAAGGUUUUCAUCAAAGGAAAUUACUAUUAGGCGCAUCAGCCACAGUAAACUGUGAAAUUCCUCUUAAUAGAUAUUCUUUCUUUGAAGCAUUGGAAGAUAAACUACUUCCUAAUACAAAAAUUGAGCUAAAUAUCGAAACUGAAAAAGAUGCAAAUUUAAUUUUUCAAGGAGCUGAUAAUUGUAGAGUUAUUAUAACAAGACUACAACUUUUUAUUCCAAAACUUACGUUUAAUUCAGAAGGACAAAAGUUGUACAUGGAAAAUUAUCUUAAACCUUACAAAUGGUCAUAUUUGAAUGAGGUGAUUGAAAGGUCAAAUAAUACACAGCAACAGACAGGACAUUUUAGAAUUACAAAUGCUAUUUCAAAACCGCGGCAUGUAUUUGUUUUUGGAAUUGAUACAGCAAGAAUCGAUGGACAAACAGCAAAUCCAUUUUUAUACGAUACUUUUAAUCUACCAAAUAAUGCUAAUAUAUCAAGAUGUUACCUUGAAGUUGCAAAUGGAAACGAAUACCCAGAUAUUCACUUUAAACCUUCUACAGAUAUGUCAAGAGUUUUUAGAAAUGUAAUGUCAUUCGUCUAUGCAAAUAAUGAUUAUCAAGGUGGAACCUUACUCAAUAUAAGUAAUUUCAAAACUUUAUUUCCUUUUGUUUAUUUUGACCUGACAAAACAAAAAAUGGAUAUCAAAGAUGGAGUUACAAAACUAGCAUUUCAUUACGAAUUAACUGCUAAUCCAAACGCUGAUUAUAAUAUUUACGCAUUAGUCUUACAUGAAAGAAUAGCAGAAAUAUCGCAACAAGAUGGAAAACUAUUGCUUAGAGCUUAAAUAAGGGGAACAUGUGAACUGUUAAAACUUUUCUUCUUGUACUCACGAAAAGAUAGAAUUUUAUGAUAGUUAUUAUGUUUACACAUAUAUUUAUCACAAAUGUGAAAAAAUAUGUGUAAACAUUUGAUUGGUUAAAAAAAUCAUACGAUAAUCACGAGAUUAAAAAUAUUACGUUAAUAACCAGAACAAUAGGCUUUGCCUAGACUUGCCCGUUAAGUCACAAUAACCUUCUAGAUUUAAAAUAUGAUGUAAUAUCACACGUUAAUCUCGUGAUUAAAAAUAAAAUCUAAAUAUAUCACACCUAGAACAUUCAAACUAAUUAAAAACUUAACCACCAACUGAUAGAAAAACAAAUAAAAAAAGAUUAAGCCACGAUAUUUAAAUUUAAUAUAAUCAUCAAACAAAUAAAAUGACUACUUAUAUUGAAUACGGAGUAACACUUACAGAUGGGCAAAAGUCAAAACUGGCUUCUGCGAUAAUAAAUCAAUCACCACUAACUCUUCGUUUAAAACAUGGACAUCUUCGAGGUUCUGAUGAGUUAAUGUUGACAAAAAGACAAAUUGAUAAAAUAAAAAAAUCUAUUGCAAACGGUACUGGAUCGGAUAUAAAGAUAAGUAAAACUCAAAUUAGAAAAUCUGUGAAACAUGGAGGAAACUUAUUUUCAUCACUCGCAUCUCUUGGAGCAAAAGUACUACCAUAUGCAAUAAAAGGAAUUUCAAAAGCUGUUCCUGCAUUAGCAACUGGUGCUGCAACUGCACUUGGAGAAAUAGGAUUAAAUAAAAUAUUUGGAAAAGGGGGUCAGCAAGGAGGAAUGAUGUUUCCACCCCAAAUGCUAAAAAAGGGAAUUCAUAUUCCCCCGGAGUAUUUUGCAAUGCUGCCACCUGUUGUACAAGAAUUUACCAAAUCACAAAUGAAUCAGAUAAACAAAGCUUAUCAAACAGGCAGUGGAGUAUAUAUAAAACCAACUCGUAAACAAAUAGAAGGAGGAUUUUUAGGUACACUUGCUUCUAUUGGAAUUCCAAUGGCAAUUAGUUUGGUAUCAAAAAUAUUUGGUGGAGGGCUUCAGGUUGAUAGACAAGGGUCAUCUAAUACAGCAAAUGUUUACGUUCCU